CGGAUAUAUAUAAAGACUCAAGGAAGCUAUCGUAGCCAGAGCAAUUUGUUGGAGAAUCAACAGAAAGCAGCAGACCAACCACAACCAAAACGAAGAGCAUCCGCAGAAUGAAGCUCACCGUCUUCUCCGUGCUCAUCGCCAUCGCCUUCUUGUCUGGUGGCAACGUGAAAUCAGAGGCCCUUCCACUGGAUAACACCGAAGACAUAGACCUUCUCCAAGACUCUACUGGAGAAAGACUGACUGAAAACAAAGUGAGUUCCGGGCCAGGCGUUUCUAAGAUCAUCAUGGUGGCAGACGUCGACCUACUGAGAAUGCUGAGGGCUCUGGAAAGGAACAUGCCUGAAAGGAUCCCGAGUCCUGAAGGCAGAGAUGGAAGCCCAGACCUCGGCCAAAGCAUCUCCAUCAUCAGGAGGGAAACCAAGAGGUGCAUGGUGGGAAGGGUGUACCGACCAUGCUGGGAAGUCUAGUUCCUGUGGAGGAGUCCAGUGAAGACAGCGAGAAAAUCCAGCUCGCACCUUCUGAUUCUGUGCAGUACAUGCUAUUUAUCUGUAUCAUAAG